AUAAUAAUUAACUUUAGAGUUUUCACGAGUAUGAAUAAAUAAAAAGAGUUGAGCCACACGAAUAAAAUAAAAACCGUUCUUUAUGGCAUUUUCUUUGCUCAACGACCGUUUCCUACGCCUCUAAAAUUCUUAACAUUGUUUUUAUAUUCAAAGCAAAACACUCCCAUUCUCACAUCACUCCAAUUUUCUUCAUCUUCUCUGCUCUGCUUUCAUCAUCAUCAUCAUCAUCUCCACCAUGAAUCCAAAUCCAAAUCCAGACUCCAGUGAUGUUCUCGUCGAAUUCCCUCACCUCUUCCGUAAAUACAAAGACGGUCGCAUUGAACGCUUUCUCGGCACCGAAACCACCCCUGCCGGCACCGACCCCCGAACCGGCGUUCAAUCCAAAGACGUCACCAUCAACGCCGGAACCGGCGUCGGAGCACGCCUCUACCUCCCACCAAACGCCGCUUCCUCUGCCCAGAAACUCCCUCUUCUCAUUUACAUCCACGGCGGCGCGUUCUGCGUCUGCACGCCUUACAACCCUGGCUACCACCUCCACAUGAACACCGUCGCCGCCGCGGCAAACGUCGUCGUCGUUUCCGUGCAUUACAGGCUAGCCCCGGAGCAUCCACUCCCCAUCGCCUACGACGACACCUGGGAAGCCAUACAAUGGGCCGCCGCACACGCUGCCGCCUCCGGCGGCGGACCCGAGCCGUGGCUCAACGACCACGCCGAUUUCGGGAAGGUGUUCUUCGCCGGAGACAGCGCCGGCGCAAACCUGGCACACAGCAUGGGGAUGCGAGGCGCAAGUGAAGGGUUUGGUGGGUUGAAGCUGAAUGGGUUGGUGUUGAUCCAUCCUUACUUCGGGAACGAGGAGAGAGACAAACUGGUUGAGUUCUUGUACCCUGCUUAUGGAGGGGUGGAUGACCCGAAGAUACACGCAACGAGGGAUCCGAAAAUUUCGGGUCUGGGUUGCGGGAGGGUGCUGGUGAUGGUGGCGGGGAAGGACUUUUUGAGGGACAGAGGGAGGAGCUAUUAUGAAGUUCUGAAGAAGAGUGGGUGGAAUGGAGUGGUGGAUAUGGUGGAGAGUGAAGGAGAGGACCACGUGUUUCAUCUGUUCGACCCCACCAAGGAAAAUUCUGCGGCUCUUGUUAAACAGUUUGUCUCUUUCAUGAAACAAGUCUAGAAGGGCAAGGCAACGAAAGCAAGCGUACGUUGUUUGUUGGAGUUAGAUUAGGCCCUAUAAUUUAUUAUCGUCAUCAUUAUCAUUGUUGUUGUUUUGCUGUUUCUUUUCUCUUUCUCUUUCUUUUCUUUUGGGUUUUAACUUGUAAGCCACAGUUCCCAUGUAUUCAUGUGGACUGAACUGAAUCCGUUUUGUUUUGAA